AGGAAUCUGUGUGGAGUUGAAACAGGAUUUCUAAGGGAUUGUGGUAAUCUUCUGUGCAUAUGAAUCAGUACUCAAGAGCCCUGAUGUGAGUUGCUGUUUGGGUCUGUCUCCAUGCAACACCCCUACGACUCAUUCUGCAGAUUCCAGUAAAGAUAUUCUUGUUGUGCCCCUGAAAUGAAUGAUCUUGUACAGCCAAGAGAUUUUGCCAUUGCAAUUAAUCUCUCUGCUUCUAUUAAAUAUUUAACGUGUGACACAGCAGCCCCCUUUUUUUAGCAUACAUGGAAGUAGCAUAUAAAGUCUGAUCCUUUUAUCAAUAGAGCUUGUCUUAAAUGUAUUUUUCAAACAAAACAAAAGGAAAUAAAUAGGCAUAGAUGGUAGAAGCUCAAAGGAUUUAGCAUCUAUCUCAUACAUCAACAACUAAAAAUGGCCCCAGUAAGCUAUGACCAACUGAUGGAGAACAAUGGCUUACUAAAUUUAGAGGCAAAAAGUGCUUGAAGCCAUAGGAAAACAUGACUAGCACUAUAUAAACUCAAGUCCUUGAAAACCUAAGCCAUAUGAAAAGGUAAGAGGAUGCUAAGAGCUAUGCGCUUUGAGAACCACUGUUCCACCGUGCAGUUGAAUGGAUGGCAGGCUCUGCUGGAUGAUAACUGUGAGUUAGGACAGGAUCAUUUGGAAAGAGCGCAUUUACGCUCCUUAUGGCUCUAUAGAUCUGUAGUGAAGGGAGACACAAGAGGGCUUCGUAACCUCCUUAAAAGGAACUACAUUGAUGUUGAUGUGUUUUACAAUGUGAGGCGUGAGGAACUUGAGUGGCAAGCUCACACAGACACCACCUUUGGACCCUCAGGUCUUUGGUCUUUGGAGUAUAAAAGAGAACUGACAAGCCCACUGUGUAUUGCUGCCGCACAAGGUUUCUCUGAAUGUCUGCAAUAUUUACUGGAACACGGCGCACGUCCCAACCUUAUCGCAGGAGGAAAAGCAGCACUUCAUGAGGCCUGUGCAAACGCCAACACUGAAUGUGUAGAGCUGCUGCUGGAACAUGGGGCUAAUCCUAACCAGAUCACAGACGAGGGACUGACUGCUUUACAUCUCUGCAGAACACCACAAUCACUACGUUGUGCAAAAACCUUGGUGAGAUAUGGUGCCAAAGUGAACUCACCCAGUGAAGAAGAGGAUGAAACACCACUGCAUGUGGCAGCUAGACAUGGUCUGCCCCACCAUGCACAGUUGUACCUACGAUUCGGAGCCUGCGUGAACCAUAGCAGCUCUUCUGGUGAAACGCCACUGGGGGUGGUUUGUGGAGUCGCCCCAGAAAAGACAGACGACAGCCAAGAUGAACGAUACCUCGAGAUCUGUCGUCUCCUCCUGGCCUAUGGAGCUAAGAUUAAUUUGUCUGAUAAAGAACGCCGUAGUCCUCUACACAAGGCCGCCCGCAAUGUUCAGCUUAAGCUGGUGGAGCUUCUCUUGGAGCAUGGGGCUGAUAUCAAUGCCAUUGACUAUAACGGUUGUUCACCGUUAUCGAGUGUUCUACAAAGCUCUGUGGUUCGGCAAGAGUGGGAACCUCACAGGGUUGUCCAGACCUUGAUAAAUCGGGGAUCUAUUAAAGUCUGGCCACAAGCACUGCUGAAGGUAUUAACAGCCUGCGCUGCAGCACCUAAAACUGUGGAAAUCCUGUUUAACUCAUACACACUUGUCCCUGUGACCUACAAAUGGGUUGAGGCUAUACCUGAGGAUAUUUUUCAUCUUCACAAAACCUUUUAUGAGUCUCUCUUUGCACUGGAGUAUAAACCACGUAGUUUACAGCAUCUGUGUCGGUCUGCACUGAGGAACCAGUUUGGGAAAAACUGCUGCUCACUCAUUCCCAGGCUCCCCAUACCAAGGCCACUUGAACAGUAUCUUCUUUUGGAACCGGAGGGGUACAUUGACUAGAAUCAGACUUUUUGCCAGAAACAUUUAGGGAACUUUAGAAGGGUUUUUAAUGCAAGAAAUGUAACACUCUGACAAAGAUGACUGCCUUGAGUUUUACUUGCAAAGUCACCAUACAGUGACUAGAGAUAGUAUUUCUUCCACCUGUUUUCAUAUAAAUAAUCCAAUAUAUUUAUGUAAAUGGCUUUGCAAAAUAUUUCAUUGUUUGAAUGACAGUGUGUUGCAGUUUCAGCUCAUAUUAACGUUUAAUGCAUAUUAUUUGGUCAAGAAAUAAUUUUGUCUGUCAUUAAAAUAAUAUAUUUUUGUCAAGUAUGAUUGUCAUUUCUUUUUUUAUUUCUCCAGUGUAGCCUACUAUAUGUAAGCGUUGGUAGCUACUCAGAACACAACUAUAGCAUCGGAUUGGUAGAAAUAAGUAAUCUGCUAAAGAAAGCGACGUUAUCCUGACAUGUCAGCCUCAGUGCAUGACAUUUGAUUAUUAGCUGGUGUCGCUUGACAUCAGCAAUGCUGUUUGUGUGUACCUGUGAAUUGCACCUGUUUUAAUGUAGUAAGUUGACUUUAGCACUAAAUACAC